AACUGGAUUAACAGACUGGAGAGCAUACACAAUUUCAUUUAAAUUCCAAGAAAACAUCUUCUGAUGAAAAUAAAACAAGUAUUUGACAUGGUUAUUAACACCGAAGACCGACUGGAAUUGCGUUUUCUGCUGCUGUUGCUUCUUCUCCUGGCUUUCUGGGAGGCAGGGAGCGGCCAGGUCCACUACUCGGUCCCGGAGGAGGCCAAACACGGCACCUUCGUGGGCCGCAUCGCCCAGGACCUGGGGCUGGAGCUGGCGGAGCUGGUGCCGCGCCGGUUCCGGGUGGCGUCCAAAGAGCGCGGGGACCUUCUGGAGGUGAAUCUGCAGAAUGGCAUUUUGUUUGUGAAUUCUCGGAUCGACCGGGAGGAGCUGUGCGGGCGGAGCUUGGAGUGCAGCCUGCACCUGGAGGUGAUCGUGGACAGGCCGCUGCAGGUUUUCCAUGUGGAGGUGGAGGUGAGGGACAUCAAUGACAAUACGCCAGUGUUCCCGGGAACACAGAGGACUCUUUCUUUGGCAGAAUCCAUACCUCUGGACUCUCGCUGUCCACUAGAGGGAGCCACUGAUGCAGAUAUUGGGGAGAAUGCUCUGCUCACCUACAAACUGAGCCCCAAUGAAUAUUUCUCACUGGAAAAUCCAUCUGAUGACAAGCGAGCAAAGCGUCUUGGGCUAAUAUUAAGUAAACCUCUAGACAGGGAAGAAUCUCCAGAACUUCAUUUAGUGCUCACGGCCACGGAUGGUGGCAAACCCCAACUGACUGGCACUGUUCAGCUACUUGUCAAAGUGCUGGACGCAAAUGACAACGCCCCAAUAUUUGACAGAGCACUUUAUUCGGUGAAAUUACCAGAAAAUGUGGCUAAUGGAACACUGGUAAUUAAACUUAAUGCAUCAGACUUAGAUGAGGGCUCGAAUGCAGACAUUGUUUAUUCUUUCUCAGCUGAUGUUUCUCCAAAUGUGAAAUCGAAAUUCUACAUAAAUUUAGAAACUGGAGAAAUUAGGGUAAGAGAAUAUAUGGAUUUUGAAGAGAGCAAGUCGUAUGAAAUUCUGGUGGAGGGAAUUGACAACGGACACUUUCCCCUCGCUGGACAUUGUACAGUUAUAGUCGAACUUGGAGAUAUCAAUGAUAAUCACCCAGUGAUGGAAUUCAAGUCCAUGGCUCUUCCCAUCAGGGAGGACGCUCCGCUGGGCACCGUGAUCGCCCUGAUCAGCGUGUCCGACCGAGACUCAGGAGCCAACGGACAGGUGACCUGCUCCCUGUCGCCGCACGCGCCCUUCAAGCUGGUGUCCACCUUCAAGAAUUACUACUCGCUGGUGCUGGACGGCGCCCUGGACCGCGAGAGCGUGGAGCGCUACGCCGUGGUGGUGACGGCGCGCGACGGCGGGGCGCCCGCGCUGUCGGCCACGGCGAGCGUGCGCGUGGAGGUGGCGGACGUGAACGACAACGCGCCGGCCUUCGCGCAGGCCGAGCACACGGUGUUCGUGAGGGAGAACAACGCGCCCGGCUGCCACAUCUUCACGGUGUCGGCGCGCGACGCGGACGCGGGGGAGAACGCGCGCGUGUCGUACUCGCUGGUGGAGCGGCGCGUGGGCGAGCGCGCGCUGUCGAGCUACGUGUCGGUGCACGCGGAGAGCGGGCGCGUGCACGCGCUGCAGCCGCUGGACCGCGAGGAGCUGGAGCUGCUGACGGUGCAGGUGAGCGCGCGCGACGGGGGCGCGCCGCCGCUGGGCAGCAACGUGACGCUGCAGGUGUUCGUGCUGGACGAGAACGACAACGCGCCCGCGCUGCUGGCGGCCGGCGGCGGCCUCGGCGGCGGCGGCGGCCCGGGCGCGCUCAGCCCCAGCUCGCUGGUGGCGCGCGGCCUGGGCGCCGGCCAGGUGGUGGCCAAGGUGCGCGCGGUGGACGCCGACUCGGGCUACAACGCCUGGCUGUCGUACGAGCUGGCGCCCGAGGCGGGCGCGGCGCGCAGCCCGUUCCGCGUGGGGCUCUACACGGGCGAGGUGAGCACGGCGCGCGCCCUGGACGAGGCGGACGCGGCGCGCCAGCGCCUGCUGGUGCUGGUCAGGGACCACGGCGAGCCGGCGCUCACGGCCACCGCCACGCUGCUGCUGUCGCUGGUGGACGGCGGCCAGGCGCCCAAGGCGUCGUCGCGGGCCGCGGCGGAGGGCGCGGCGGGCGCGCGGGCGGCGCUGGUGGACGUGAACGUCUACCUGAUCGUGGCCAUCUGCGCCGUGUCCAGCCUGCUGGUGCUCACGCUGCUGCUGUACGCGGCGCUGCGCUGCUCGGCGCCGCCCAGCCAGGGCGCGUGCGCGGCGGGCAAGCCGGUGCUGGUGUGCUCCAGCGCGGUGGGCAGCUGGUCCUACUCGCAGCAGAGGAGGCAGAGGUGUGCUCGGGGGAGGGGCCGCCCAAGGCCGACCUCAUGGCCUUCAGCCCCAGUCUACCUCCAGGUCCUGGCUCAGCUGAAGAAAGACUACCUUCAGAUGGAGAUCAUUUUUUAA